AUGAGUGGGUACAAACAACUUGAAAAUAAACCAUAUCUGUCCAACUUCAACAAGUUAAAAAAAUUUGAGGCUUUUCAUUGCACAAAUCUCAAUAAGAUCAAAGGGCUAGAGAGAUUGGUAUCAUUGGAAGAUUUAUAUUUGAUUGAUUGCCAAUCCAUAGUAAGAUUACCCAAUCUGUCAAACUUGAAAAUGUUGAGACACUUGCAGCUUUAUGGAUGCACGAGGUUAUGUGAGAUUGAGGGCCUUGAUGCUUUGGAAGCCUUGGAAGAUUUAAAUUUGAUUUAUUGCCGAUCCAUAGUAAGAUUACCCAAUCUGUCAAACUUGAAAAUGUUGAGACACUUGUGGCUUCAUGGAUGCACGAGGUUAUGUGAGAUUGGGGGCCUUGAUGCUUUGGAAGCCUUGGAGGAACUGGAAGAAAUAAUACCAGACAUGCAUAUUGAGACGACAUCAUCAUCAUCAUUAUCGUCGCCGGAUUUUCUACACAUACAUAUUGAAUCACCAUCACCGUCAUCGUCAUCGUCAUCGUCAUCGUCGUCAUGUAAAUGGGGUCAGUCAUGUGAAUUCUCUCUUCAAUCUUUUCUAUCACAAGCCAUUUCAUCCACUACUUCUAACUUUUUAUAG